AUGUCGAGCCGGUUGCGUGCUGCAAUGAUGCGCAGAAUACUAUUAUGUCUGCCGCUGUUCCAUGCAGCGUUCGCACUCUACCUUCCUGGCCUCGCUCCAUACGAGUACAAAAGCGAAGAAGAAGUUGAACUGAAGGUAAACAAAUUGACCUCGGCAAAAACACAGCUUCCAUACAGCUACUACACCUUGGCUUUCUGCACGCCUACGGACGGCGUCAAAGCCACGACAGAAAACCUUGGUGAGCAGAUGAUGGGAGACGUAGUUGAGACAUCAGCCUACAAAAUCAAGUUCAUGGAGGAGAAGACCUGUGAAAAGCUUUGUGCAAAGACACUGACCAAGCAGGAGAAGGACAAGUUCCGCAACAUGAUAGCCGACGAGUACUUGGUCAAUUGGAUGGUUGAUAACCUUCCAGCUGCCACCAAGUACAGUCAGACAGGCUCCGAUUAUUCGUACAUGAACGGGUUCCUCUUGGGCAUUGCCCAGAAGGGCAAGUACUACUUGCACAAUCACGUGAGUCUGGACUUGGAGUAUCACUCGAACCCGGAAAAGUACGAAGGGUUCCGCAUCGUUGGCUUCCAGGUUGAACCACGCUCUUCUACGCCGAGGGGUGGAGAACCUGAUUGCUCGACCAGCGCGGUCGCAUUCGAUUUGGAUUCGUCAGAUGAUGUGGUGUUCAGCUAUUCCGUUCAUUGGACGGAGAGUCAAGUGAGAUGGGCAUCUCGCUGGGAUGCCUACCUGAAAGUGCAAGGACAAGGACAGAUCCACUGGUUUGCGAUUCUGAACUCGCUUAUGAUCCUUCUUUUCUUGUCUGGCAUGGUUGCCAUGAUCCUCUUGAGAACCUUGCACAGGGAUAUUGCAACGUACAAUCAGGUGCCCACAGAGGAAGAGGCCAAAGAAGAGACAGGCUGGAAGCUGGUGCAUGGGGACGUUUUCCGCAAGCCGCAGUACUCCACCCUCCUUUGCGUGGUCACUGGCUCCGGCAUGCAGCUCUUGGGCAUGUCCGUGGUGACCAUUGUCUUCGCCCUCCUGGGUUUCCUGUCACCUGCACAUCGUGGGAGCUUGCUGCAGUCCAUGAUGCUGCUCUUCACCCUGAUGGGAGUGCUCGGAGGGUACACUUCAGCGCGACUCUGCAAGGUGUUCGACGGAGAUGAAGGUCGCUGGAAGAUGACCACGUUUAUGCAGGCCUUCUUGUUCCCAGGCCUGUUUUUCGGUAUUUUCUUCGUCUUGAAUCUCUGCAUUUGGGGCGAGAAGUCUUCGGGUGCAGUGGCUUUCACCACCUUGUUCGCCAUCUUGGUGCUGUGGUUUGGAGUUUCCGUGCCACUCGUAUUUUUCGGCGCUUACACAGGAUUCAAAAGAGAUCGAGUGGAGCUGCCGGUUCGCACAAACCAGAUUCCACGUGCAAUACCAGACCAACCUUGGUAUAUGCAGCCCUUGGCCACUUCUCUUGUGGGUGGUAUCCUUCCCUUCGGUGCGGUGUUCACCGAGCUCUUUUUCAUCAUGUCUUCGAUAUGGCUGCACGAGUUCUACUACUUAUUUGGCUUCCUGGCCCUGGUGCUCCUCAUCGUGAUGGUGACUUGCGCCGAAAUCUCCAUAGCUUUGACAUACUUCCAGCUCACCUCGGAGGACUAUCGCUGGUGGUGGACCGCCUUUGCAGCAAGCGGCAGCUCCGGACUCUACGUCUUCCUUUACUCCAUCAUGUACUUCAACUCACGCCUGCAGAUUCGGCAUUGGGUCUCCAUCCUGAUGUACUUUGGGUACAUGUUCAUUAUGUCGAGCAUCUUCGCCCUCGUGAGUGGCGCAGUCGGAUUCCUGAGCACUUUCCAGUUCGUCAAGGGGAUUUAUGGCUCCAUCAAGAUUGAUUAG